UACAAACUAAAAAGCAAAAAAAAGUUCAAAGCGGUGAGCAAGAAUAAAAAACAGUAAUGGAGGAAUCACAGCAAGCAAUUCUUAAGGACGUGUUUGGGGAAUCAUCAGAUAGUGACUGUGAACCCCAAGAAACAAUAAGCAACAACAAACAAGACCCUGAGUUGUUAUUUGGAGAAAUGCCAAAAUGGGAAGCAAUUAGCUCCAUAAAGGGGCUGUGGUUGUGUAAAGACUUUCUUGAUGAUCAUCAACAGGCUUUGCUUCUAUCAAAUAUUGAUAAAGAAGGGUGGUUUUGUGAAGCUUCUCACAAUCAGGCUAUGAGGUUCGGAGAUCUCCCAGCAUGGGCAACUGAUAUUUCUACAUCUGUUAAAGAAGCUAUUCAGUUCACUGAUUAUGUUUCUGAUCCUAUGACAGGUGCAAACUGUCAUGGGGACUUGGAAACAUGUCUUUGCCCUCCAAAUUUAUUAUGCAGGGAACCUUUCUUCGACCAACUUAUCGUAAACAGAUAUCAACCAGGUGAGGGAAUCUGUGCGCAUGUUGAUCUUAUGCGCUUUGAAGACGGGAUUGCUAUAGUAUCCCUCGAGUCCUCGUGUGUCAUGCAUUUCACCCGAGUUGAAAGUGAAGCAACAAACAAUUUGCAGAAUCUGCAUAAGGUGCCUGUGUAUUUGACCCCCGGAUCACUGGUCCUAAUGUGGGGAGAAGCACGCUACCUUUGGAAGCAUGAGAUCAAUAGAAACCCCGGGAUUCAGACAUGGGAAGGGAAGAACAUCGAGCAAAAGAGGAGAACUUCCAUCACUCUAAGAAAGCUCUGCAACAAUGACUAGCUCGGCGCCCUGUCAUCAAUAUAUGCAACUAGUACUCUCCCAGCAGGUCUAGUCUUUUGUCAUCUUGAAGCUUUUCUCAGCUAUCCUGUUAGACAAUUUAAGCUGCUUUCAGAAAUUCUGCCUGAGAAUCUGAAUUGCUUUCGGAAAUUAUUCUCAAUUGCUUUCGGAAAUUUUAAUGUGGCGGUGAUGAGCAACCCUUUGCUGACUGAGAUGUUAUAAGAACAUACUGAUGCUUAAGCAAAAUGCAGUUCUUCAAUUGUACAUGUUUGAUCAUAAUAUAUCUACUGCAAUUGCAUUUCCUUUGCUUUCAUUACUGUAUGAUUUUCUAGUUCUGAUAGGGGCGGAUAGCACCAAUCUAAAUUUUAGAAAUUAUAGUAGUGCCCCACAAAAGUUUUUCGGGAUUUUUUUUUGA